ACCUGGUAUCCUUGGCCAAACUCGUCGGCCCUGACGUCACCCGAGCCACGGGUAUAUAAGCCACUACCGGGCUGAUCACCAUCAGUCCAACCCAGAGAAUUCAACUAACCAAGAAUGAGACAGCUUGUAGUGAUUGUGGUGCUUGCCGGCACGGCCUUGGCUAUGCCACAGGUCGCCCGGGACAACACCUUCACCAAGAUUCUCUCAUUCGAGUCGUAUCAGGAUGGCAGCAACUUCGGCCACGAACUUGCCCAGGAAGACGGCACCACCUCUGGCCAGAAAUUCGGUCCCGAUGGAAACCUAUAUGGAUUUUACUCAUACGUGCAGGACGACGGCAAUCGCGUCAAAGUGCUGUGGAGGGCUGGUCAGGGCAUCGGUUAUGAGGUCAUCGGUACUGAGGGUAUCAACCAGGAAGGUCUUGGUAACCUAAGGGCGCCUGUUUCAACAAACCCAGAGCCCGCACCUGUCAGACAAGCCCCUUCCAGACCACCUCCCGUCAGAGCUGCACCCCGUGCCCAGCCUGUACCCGUAGUACCUCAAGUACCCCACCACGUGCCAGAGCCAGUCCAUAGACCAGCACCAGCACCAGUACACUCCCCUGCGCCCGUCUUGCGUGCCCAGGGCCAUUUCAUACCCACUCCAACCCCAAUCGUGCCCUCUCGUUCCCCUGCUUUUCACGACGAGCUAACCCCAUCACCACACAGGUUCGACUAUCCAGCCGUGCUCAACUUGGAGAGAACAUCAAGCGGCUUUGUCUCGUCCCUACAGGCUGUUUGAGAAAGCACUGGUGUCUUGUAUAGUUAAUAUUAAUAUUUUGCCUCUUGUAGAGUCCAAAUGAUUUAAUAAAAGAUUCCCCUUUUU